GCCAGUGCCGAUGAACUUUAGUCUGGAUUCCUUUUUGUUCUUGCUUCUUAAAUAUUCCGCUUUUCCUUUUCAGGUCCAAGGAGGUGGAACUUGGAUUCAUCCCGAUGAGGAAUUGAAGGCGCGGUCCAACGACAUUUCUCGAUUGUGUAAUGGAUUAAGGACGAGGGGGCCAGAGCAGCGCACAUGCAAUGUUGUCGCUUGAUUGCGCAGCAGCACCAGAAAGACUACAAUUCGGACUUUUUGGUUUUAGGACUGCGGGGGCGCUGCAGUCUAAGCAGAUAUGAAGAACGCGUCCCUUAGACUUCCCUAUGGCCUGCCUCCAUUUCGCCUUUCUCCAGAAAGUGCGGAUUCGAUCGACAGUAUCGGAUCCGUUCUUUUGCAUGACGGCGCAAUUCUCGAUGAUCACACGGACCUUAUAAGAGCGAUGAUGCUGCGUACUGUCUCUACCAUCAUCGUGGUCAAUACGUACUCAGAUGCUCUGCAGAAUUUGCUGGAGUUUCGAUUAUUCACGAGCGUGUGAGACAUGACUUUGUCGGGAAGAAGUACAUCGUCGUGCAUCUGAAUCAAGAAUUUUAGAAAUAGGUGAAGUUAUCUGUGGACGAAUGGAGCUGCCCGAGGGAGAGCAGGAUGAUAACCCAUUGUUCCAGCCUCUUCAAAUGGGGCCGGCCCUUCUUUUCCACAGGAUUGUCUUGGCUCCUCUUACAAGAAGUCGAUCUUAUGGAGGAUUUGCCCAACCACAUGCUGCUCUGUACUAUGGACAACGUACCACUUCAGGAGGUCUUCUAAUUACUGAAGCGACCGGCAUCAGUCUAACAGCGGACGGAGUGCCCAACACACCUUCUUGCUACACUGAUGAACACGUUGCUGCUUGGAGGCCCGUCGUGAAGGCGGUUCACGACAAGGGUGGAAUAUUUUUCGUCCAGUUGUGGCACGUUGGAAGACAAAGUCACACAGCUUAUCAACCGAAUGGAACUCCACCUGCAUCUCCCACCAGCAAGAGACUGGAGACGGGAAUGAUCACUUUGCCCGAUGGCAAAACUCGGGCACCAUUCUCUCAACCAAGAAAACUCGAGACACACGAGAUCUCCUCGCUCGUUCAAGAUUUCGUGACUGCAGCUAAACAAGCCAGGGCUGCAGGAUUUGAUGGUGUGGAAAUCCAUGCUGCAAAUGGCUAUCUUCUAGAUCAGUUCAUGAAGGAUAGCAUCAACGACAGGACUGAUCAAUAUGGAGGAUCAAUCGAGAACAGGUGCAGGUUCCCUCUGGAAGUUGUUGAUGCGGUGAUCGAUGCAAUCGGAGCCGAAAGAGUGGGAUUCCGACUAUCUCCACAUGCCGAUUAUGGUGACUCACGAGACUCUCAACCCAUGGCUUUGGCGGCAUACAUGGCUGAGCAAUUGAGCAAGCGCAGUGUUGUGUAUGCACACUAUCUGGAGCCUCGUAAUAAAGAUGCAGGAGAGCAUGAAAGCUCGGUACCAAGUGUAUGGCCAUUCAGAAAAAAGUUCAAGGGUGUUCUGAUAGCCACUGGAGGUUACGGCAGGAAGGAAGGAAUGAAAGCUGUAAAUAAUGGAAAAGCUGAUUGCAUCGGUUAUGGUCGUCAUUUCUUAGCCAAUCCUGACUUACCCAAACGAAUCAGGCUCAACGCAGCUCUUAACAAGGCUAAUCCUGCAACUUACUCCAUUCCAGAUCCAGUUGUGGGCUACACUGAUUAUCCUUCUCUCGAGGAAGAGAUGUGAUUUCAUUUAUUGGUUACAAUUGGUCCUUGGGUGCUCCUUGAACAUAAACCUCGUUUUUGCAACGAAAAAGAAAAGUCUUUGGCACUACUACCAGCUGUAUCACUCAGACGAUCAGAUUAAACCUCGGUGUGGUCACACUGCUAGUAAAUUAAAUAUUAUCGGAAAUUUGCUUGGGCCAGUGGUGGGACACUGAAGUUUCACUAGCUGUCGAUUAUGUCGUAGUACGUAAAGAGUCGCCUUUUAGCAUUUUGUGUCGAGGGAUUGUAAAACAUGUACAUCUUGAACUGCUCCGUGUUUUCAAAAUGAUCA